AUGAUACGAACUUCAACUAAAUUAAUAUGUUUAAGAUAUAAAAGAUUUUAUUCAAGCAAUACAAAGAUUGGUACUAAAUUUAACGAUAUAGGUGAGAUCAAAUCUCUCAUAUCCCAAGAUGAAAGGCCCCUCGCAGAAUACUUAAAGGAAAAUACAUCCACACAACCAAACCAACAAAUAUCUGAUGACCUAAUUAAUAAACUUCUAAGAUUAUCAGGAUUACCCUACAGUGAAAAUGUCGAUAAAACUGCCAUUCAAGAGAAAUUACAGGAACAAUUAAAGUUUAUAGGACAAAUUAAAGAAUAUAAUCUAAACGAUUCAAACCCUAAUGAACAAUUUGCACGGCUAUUGCCAAGAAAGACUAAGGAAUUGACUUAUGAAGAUAUUAUGAAUAAGAUCAAGAACCAAAAACAAGAUCCAUCACUUGGCGAAACACAAAACUCUUGGGUUCCAACUGAAUUUGCCGAAAAGAAAGUUGAUAACUUUUACAUUACUGAAAAAAACUAUGAAAAGUAA